AAAGAUGAAACGCUCUUCCACCAGGUGAUCAGGUGGCAGAGUGGCUGCAAGGCUGCUUCUCUAACACCAGACUUCGACUGCUCAUGCGCUUCUCUGAGGAGCUGAGAAACACGGCCUACGUCUUUCUACCUGAUAGUUCUUUGGUGGCUCUGAAUAAACUUGUGAGUCUGGCCAAAAUAACAUAUUGAAUAGAUUUAGGGGGUUUGUCAUGGGUCUGGUGUCAGUCAGGAUGGGUGGGGUGUCAGUCAGGAUGGGUGUGGUGUCAGUAAGGAUGGGUGUGGUGUCAGUAAGGAUGGGUGUGGUGUCAGUAAGGAUGGGUGUGGUGUCAGUAAUGAUGGGUGUAGUGUCGGUAAGGAUGGGUGUGGUGUCAGUCAGCAUGGGUGUGGUGUCAGUAAGGAUGGGUGUGGUGUCAGUAAGGAUGGGUGUGGUGUCAGUAAGGAUGGGUGUGAAGUCAGUAAUGAUGGGUGUAGUGUCAGUCAGCAUGGGUGUGGUGUCAGUAAGGAUGGGUGUCGUGUCAGUAAGGAUGGGUGUCGUGUCAGUAAGCAUAAGUCGGCGUGGGGGUUGAUAUAGUUUAAACCUUUAAGGGGGGGGGGGGCAGUCACAAGUACAAGUCUUACUUUGAUGAGUGAAACAAGUAACCUGCAAAACGCCUCCAAUGUCCAAAAAUAAAAUUGAAUUUUUACAUUUUCAAAAAAUAUUUUUUUUAAAAAUCUGAAUUGUGCCGAGCAAAAGAAAACCAUUCAUUUUUUUAAUGAGGGGGGGGGGGGCUUGUUUUGUUUUAGGUUUUUUCCCGUAACCCUAAUUGCCGUCGUCAUUACCUGGCCGCGGUCUCCACUUGUUUAUUUCAGUACAGAUCUACCACUGUUUAAGAGUUUCAUUUCUAUCACAGUCCAAUUGGUUUCAAACUCCAUCUCUCUCCACUUGUUUAUUUCAGUACAGAUCUACCACUGUUUAAGAGUUUCAUUUCUAUCACAGUCCAAUUGGUUUCAAACUCCAUCUCUCUCCACUUGUUUAUUUCAGUACAGAUCUACCACUGUUUAAGAGUUUCAUUUCUAUCACAGUCCAAUUGGUUUCAAACUCCAUCUCUCUCCACUUGUUUAUUUCAGUACAGAUCUACCACUGUUUAAGAGUUUCAUUUCUAUCACAGUCCAAUUGGUUUCAAACUCCAUCUCUCUCCACUUGUUUAUUUCAGUACAGAUCUACCACUGUUUAAGAGUUUCAUUUCUAUCACAGUCCAAUUGGUUUCAAACUCCAUCUCUCUCCACUUGUUUAUUUCAGUACAGAUCUACCACUGUUUAAGAGUUUCAUUUCUAUCACAGUCCAAUUGGUUUCAAACUCCAUCUCUCUCCACUUGUUUAUUUCAGUACAGAUCUACCACUGUUUAAGAGUUUCAUUUCUAUCACAGUCCAAUUGGUUUCAAACUCCAUCUCUCUCCACUUGUUUAUUUCAGUACAGAUCUACCACUGUUUAAGAGUUUCAUUUCUAUCACAGUCCAAUUGGUUUCAAACUCCAUCUCUCUCCACUUGUUUAUUUCAGUACAGAUCUACCACUGUUUAAGAGUUUCAUUUCUAUCACAGUCCAAUUGGUUUCAAACUCCAUCUCUCUCCACUUGUUUAUUUCAGUACAGAUCUACCACUGUUUAAGAGUUUCAUUUCUAUCACAGUCCAAUUGGUUUCAAACUCCAUCUCUCUCCACUUGUUUAUUUCAGUACAGAUCUACCACUGUUUAAGAGUUUCAUUUCUAUCACAGUCCAAUUGGUUUCAAACUCCAUCUCUCUCCACUUGUUUAUUUCAGUACAGAUCUACCACUGUUUAAGAGUUUCAUUUCUAUCACAGUCCAAUUGGUUUCAAACUCCAUCUCUCUCCACUUGUUUAUUUCAGUACAGAUCUACCACUGUUUAAGAGUUUCAUUUCUAUCACAGUCCAAUUGGUUUCAAACUCCAUCUCUCUCCACUUGUUUAUUUCAGUACAGAUCUACCACUGUUUAAGAGUUUCAUUUCUAUCACAGUCCAAUUGGUUUCAAACUCCAUCUCAUCUAAAAGAAUACUUUAUUGUUUAAUGCACAUGUUCUUUGGUCAAGGUGUGAUCAAUACUUUAUUGUUUAAUGCACGUGUUCUUUGGUCAAGGUGUGAUCAAUACUUUAUUGUUUAAUGCACGUGUUCUUUGGUCAAGGUGUGAUCAAUACUUUAUUGUUUAAUGCAUGUGUUCUUUGGUCAAGGUGUGAUCAAUACUUUAUUGUUUAAUGCACAUGUUCUUUGGUCAAGGUGUGAUCAAUACUUUAUUGUUUAAUGCAUGUGUUCUUUGGUCAAGGUGUGAUCAAUACUUUAUUGUUUAAUGCACGUGUUCUUUGGUCAAGGUGUGAUCAAUACUUUAUUGUUUAAUGCACGUGUUCUUUGGUCAAGGUGUGAUCAAUACUUUAUUGUUUAAUGCACGUGUUCUUUGGUCAAGGUGUGAUCAAUACUUUAUUGUUUAAUGCACGUGUUCUUUGGUCAAGGUGUGAUCAAUACUUUAUUGUUUAAUGCACGUGUUCUUUGGUCAAGGUGUGAUCAAUACUUUAUUGUUUAAUGCACGUGUUCUUUGGUCAAGGUGUGAUCAAUACUUUAUUGUUUAAUGCACGUGUUCUUUGGUCAAGGUGUGAUCAAUACUUUAUUGUUUAAUGCACGUGUUCUUUGGUCAAGGUGUGAUCAAUACUUUAUUGUUUAAUGCACGUGUUCUUUGGUCAAGGUGUGAUCAAUACUUUAUUGUUUAAUGCACGUGUUCUUUGGUCAAGGUGUGAUCAAUACUUUAUUGUUUAAUGCACGUGUUCUUUGGUCAAGGUGUGAUCAAUACUUUAUUGUUUAAUGCACGUGUUCUUUGGUCAAGGUGUGAUCAAUACUUUAUUGUUUAAUGCACGUGUUCUUUGGUCAAGGUGUGAUCAAUACUUUAUUGUUUAAUGCACGUGUUCUUUGGUCAAGGUGUGAUCAAUACUUUAUUGUUUAAUGCACGUGUUCUUUGGUCAAGGUGUGAUCAAUACUUUAUUGUUUAAUGCACGUGUUCUUUGGUCAAGGUGUGAUCAAUACUUUAUUGUUUAAUGCACGUGUUCUUUGGUCAAGGUGUGAUCAAUACUUUAUUGUUUAAUGCACAUGUUCUUUGGUCAAGGUGUGAUCAAUACUUUAUUGUUUAAUGCACGUGUUCUUUGGUCAAGGUGUGAUCAAUACUUUAUUGUUUAAUGCACGUGUUCUUUGGUCAAGGUGUGAUGAAUACUUUAUUGUUUAAUGCACGUGUUCUUUGGUCAAGGUGUGAUCAAUACUUUAUUGUUUAAUGCACGUGUUCUUUGGUCAAGGUGUGAUCAAUACUUUAUUGUUUAAUGCACAUGUUCUUUGGUCAAGGUGUGAUGAAUACUUUAUUGUUUAAUGCAUGUGUUCUUUGGUCAAGGUGUGAUCAAUACUUUAUUGUUUAAUGCACGUGUUCUUUGGUCUUGAUUUAAUCCAUUCAUUUUGUCAUGUACCGUUAUAAGUCUAGAGAAGUUCAUCUCUUAUUUUACUCUAUGGCUUGUGUCAAAUAGUACACGACAAAAGGAUGAUACCGUACAAAUACUGUAGUGAAGAAAGAUACCCAAACUAAGGCUAAUAACAAAUAAUAAUUUAUUAAGUUAAUUUAAAAUUACAAAAUCAAAAAGAAUCACUUACAGUACAGUAAUAAACUUGUGCCGGUACAAUGUUGAAGAAGGGACUUAAAUAUUAAUAAACAAAUCUUUGUCUCGUAUCGUAAUAGCAAAUCUCUAUCGGCUCAUCUCUCUCGCUCUCAGCUCUUCUCUCGUCUGUUUAUUUCGAUAAGGCAUAUUUAUAGUCUAUUUUCAGAGACAUUUCUAGAAAUGGGUUCAGCAUCUAGGAAAUUCUAUAGAUUUCUAAUUCGAAAGACUAUAGAUUGUUUUUACUUGUAGACAAGGUCAAGGGAGACUAUUUAUAAUUAAGCCACACCCUGUUGCAGUGCCGAACUUGGGGCCAGUUAAAGUUCAUGCACGAGAAAAGAUGACAUAAACAAGACACCUAUACAACACCCAUGAUAUCCCUUAAUUAACCCAUGAUAUCCCUUAAUUAACCCAUGAUAUCCCUUAAUUAACCCAUGAUAUCCCUUAAUUAACCCAUGAUAUCCCUUAAUUAACCCAUGAUAUCCCUUAAUUAACCCAUGAUAUCCCUUAAUUAACCCAUGAUAUCCCUUAAUUAACCCAUGAUAUCCCUUAAUUAACCCAUGAUAUCCCUUAAUUAACCCAUGAUAUCCCUUAAUUAACCCAUGAUAUCCCUUAAUUAACCCAUGAUAUCCCUUAAUUAACCCAUGAUAUCCCUUUUUUGGUUGUUAUAUAUUAUAAAUAAUAUGAUUAAUCUGCACCCCUCUGUAUCCUCAUGGCACCUCAGUUUAAAAUCAACCCGCCCUUGAGUACAGAAUACUUUCGACCGCACAUCGUCAUAGCAGACAGUGAAGAGUUCGAUGAGCUCAAUUGGGAAAGUUUGUUCAUCGGCAGCCACAGCUCCUUUACAGUUGUCUCCAGUUAUGUGAGGUAUGGGAUCUAAAAAUAACAAUUGGUAAAAACUCUAAAUAUGGCUGGAGAUUUUUUUCAGGAUACUGCUAAAUAAAAAAAAAAAGAAAGUUUAAGACAAUGUAAGUGUUUAAAACAAUCUGCUCUGUAUUUUAUUUGAGUGGCAUUAUGCGACCUUUUCUCAUGUACGCCAAACAUAAAAACAUCCCAGUAUUCUUUGGAACAAUAAGGCAAUUGCCAAUUUUCCGCAGCCCACCUAGCCACUUCCCAGUACUUGAUGGCACAUUUAUUCCAGUACUCUGAGGGCACUUCCCAGUACUUGAUGGCACAUUUAUUCCAGUAUUCUGAGGGCACUUCCCAGUACUUGGCACAUUUAUUCCAGUACUCUGAGGGCACUUCCCAGUACUUGAUGGCACAUUUAUUCCAGUAUUCUGAGGGCACUUCCCAGUACUUGAUGGCACUUCCCAGUACUUGAUGGCACAUUUAUUUCAGUAUUCUGAGGGGACACAAAAAAUAACAACAAUACACUAAUACACAACAGCAAUUCAUGAAUGAAAAAAAUAAUCAAUAAUAAUUCACUUCAUGUGGGUGUUCCUGGUGUUCCAAAUGUUGACAGCACAUGGAUGUUCCUUGUGUUCCAAAUGUAGACAGCACAUGGAUGCUCCUUGUGUUCCAAAUCUUGACAGCACAUGGAUGUUCCUUGUGUUCCAAAUGUUGUCAGCGCAUGGAUGAGGAUGUUCCUUGUGUUCCAAAUGUUGUCAGCACAUGGAUGUUCCUUGUGUUCCAAAUGUUGACAGCACAUGGAUGUUCCUUUUGUUCCAAAUGUUGACAGCACAUGGAUGAGGAUGUUCCUUGUGUUCCAAAUGUUGACAGCACAUGGAUGUUCCUUGUGUUCCAAAUGUUGUCAGCGCAUGGAUGAGGAUGUUCCUUGUGUUCCAAAUGUUGACAGCACAUGGAUGUUCCUUGUGUUCCAAAUGUUGUCAGCGCAUGGAUGAGGAUGUUCCUUGUGUUCCAAAUGUUGACAGCACAUGGAUGUUCCUUGUGUUCCAAAUGUUGUCAGCACAUGGAUGUUCCUUGUGUUCCAAAUGUUGUCAGCACAUGGAUGUUCCUUGUGUUCCAAAUGUUGACAGCUCAUGGAUGUUCCUUGUGUUCCAAAUGUUGACAGCUACUGUAUGAAAGAUUUCAAUGACAACAAAAUCUCUAUAGAUCUUUUUCUAAAAACAAAGGGGGGGGACCCAAAAUGUUCCAUUUUGUUCUCCCCCCCCCCCCCACAGUCUCCUAGAGCCUAACUACAACGAGGCCAACAAGGAAUGGGACUACGAAGUGGAGUCAUACAGGCCCCUCGAACAAGUUCUCAGCCUGCCCGCCUCGUGUCCUUACUCAAGCGUCGGAAUCCUGGCUACGGUAAAAAGCAGCGGG